AUGAGGCCGCUCUGCGCGUGGAUAUGCGUCGUCGCGGCGCCCGCGACGGCCUUCCUGAGGCCGCAGGGUCCGCCGCAGCGCCGGUCCCUCCGCGCGUCGCCCGGCGACGACUGGGAGCCGCGCGAGGACUGGGCGCUCCUCGACAACGUCGACGCCUUCACGCGGCGCGGCGCGGCGGGCCCCUACCUCUUCUACGACGAGCUCCGGUCGACGUCGGCGGCGCUGAGCGGCCGCAGCGCCGGCGACGUGCGGCGGCGGCUCGCGGCGCUCGACCGGGACUGCCCGCCGGACCCGCGGACGCUCGAGGACUGGCGCGCGGAGGGCGAGAGCGCGUACGUCGGCGCGCUCGACGGCGACGCGACGACGCUCGUCGUGACGCGCACGUCGGUGCUCGACGGCGGCGGCCUGCUGGAGCGCCGGUACGUCGAGACGCUCGGCGGGGAGCUCGUGCGGCUCGGCGCGCCCGCGGCCGGCGCGGCGGCGCCGGCGGCCGUCGCGGACGCGGCCGAGUUCCCCGCGACGGUCCUCGCCGCCGUCAGGAGCCGCCCCCUCGCGUCGACGCUCGCCGGCGGCGCCAUCCUCGCGAACGCCCUCUUCUUCGCGGCGGCGUUCUCGCACGCGGGCGACGCGCGGCCUCUCGCCGGCGACUCGUUCUACGUCGAGUCGUCGACGACGGUGACCCAGAAGCUCAAGGGCGACGACGGCCAGGCCGUGACGCGCGUCCAGCGCCAGCGGUCCACGCGGUCCAACAGCAACCCCCAGGAGCGCGUCGAGACGCAGACCGUCGUGAAGCGGACGGCGAAGGACGACGCGGGCAACUUGGUCGUGACGACGACGCGGGACCGGAGCGUCAACUCGGCGAGCCGCGCGGCGCGGCCCGCGUCGUCCGCGGAGAUGGCCAAGCUGCUGAAGCAGGGCUUGCUCGCGCCGGCCGCGCCCGAGGCCGUCGCCGUGCUCCCCGCGCUCCCGCUCUCCGUCCCCGAGCUCCCCAGCGCGGACGCGUCGGCGCGAUAA